CGCUUCGCUCAGCUGCUGCCGAUCGCUGUAUUUUUGUUUCCAACGCGACAACCACGGGCGGCAUUCCUGCUUGUUACGAUGGCAGCCAGGACAACGGCGCGCUUCCUCCGCACUCUAUCGCAAACGGGGAGUCGAAAUUCGGACCGUCGACUGUACCGCACAUCAGCGAUCUGCGGGCAGCAAGACAGCAGCUCCUCAGUGCCACCGCUGGACGACACAAGCCGUCCGCAGUACCUGGGUACCAAGUGUGACUGGACCGAGAGCAUCGAGUUCCGCACGCAUGUUGUCUCCCAAGGGUUUCCCGUCUACCGUGUGCUCAGCCGGGACGGGAAGCCCAUUGUACCCUCCGAGGAUCCCCAGCUGUCGGAGCAGGUGCUGCUAAAGAUGUACAGCGGGAUGACACUGCUGAACAGUAUGGACCGAAUCCUGUACGAGUCGCAAAGGCAGGGCCGGAUCUCUUUCUACAUGACCAACUUUGGCGAGGAGGGCACCCACUUUGGCAGCGCCGCUGCGCUCGACAACAACGACCUCAUUUACGGACAGUACCGAGAAGCAGGAGUUCUGGUGUGGCGCGACUAUCCACUGGCCCAAUUCAUGGGCCAGUGCUACGGCAACGAGCUGGACGACUGCAAAGGACGGGGCAUGCCCGUGCACUAUGGCAGCGAUAAGCACAACUUCGUCACGAUCAGCUCACCGCUAGCCACACAGAUGCCCCAGGCUGUGGGUUCUGCGUAUGCGUUCAAGCUCGCUCAGAAGAAGAACUGCGUCGUCUGCUACUUUGGUGAAGGCGCUGCCAGCGAAGGCGAUGCGCAUGCUGCCCUCAAUUUUGCCGCCACUCUGGACUGUCCGGUCAUCUUUUUUUGCCGAAACAAUGGCUAUGCCAUUUCAACCCCAGCCCAUGAACAGUACAAAGGGGAUGGAAUUGUCGCAAGGGGUCCCGGCUACGGCAUCGCCUCGAUACGUGUUGACGGCAACGAUGUGCUGGCAGUGUACAACGUCACAAAAGCUGCUCGCCAAAUUGCAGUUGAGGAGUGCAAACCUGUGCUCAUAGAGGCCAUGACCUACAGAAUCGGUCAUCACAGCACAUCAGAUGACAGCUCGGCGUACCGGUCUGUGGACGAGGUUCGGUCCUGGGACCGGAAUGACCACCCCAUCACUCGCUUUAGAAACUACCUCGUUUACCGUGGAAUCUGGGACGACACCAAGGAGGAACAGUGGAAGAACGAGACCAAAAAGCAGAUCAUGCAGGCGUUUGCACGUGCUGAGAAACUGAAGAAGCCACCCGUGAAGUACAUGUUCACGGACGUCUACCGAGAGAUGCCUGACACGCUGCAGCAGCAGUGGGAAACGAUGAGGCAGCACCUGCAGCAGUACAAGGAUCACUAUCCGCUCAACUCAGUUCAAGGGGCUGUCGGACGACGAAUAGGAGGAGAAAGAAGCCGGCACGACUCAACCGAAACAUCCCACGUCGGGCAAGACGAGUUUUUUACCCACUUGUGACCCGUCGAAGCGUCCGGUGAAACUGUCUGUCUGCCCUAUUGUGAAGUGAAUUUGUUCACGGCUCGGAGAGGUUGAACGUUGCCAAACGGAACUGUGCAGCAAUACAGUUUGUGUGCUGCUUUAUUUAAACACUUCAGAUAUUUCAGUCGCGCUUAUAGUGGCUGGGGUCCAAAAUUGUGAGAGUGCCGCAUAUUGUCCGGAUACGUGUGCACUGACUGGCACCGUAAAAAUACAACCUGCAUUUUUAUGGUUCCCUUUUACGGCACUGAGGAGAAUUAUUUUCUGACAAAACGAUGCAGUUGUACGUGCCAUGAAUUUUUUUCUUGCAUGGGUAGUUUCUGUUUCUGGGAAAAAUUGCGAAGGAUGUCCGCUUUUGUGACACACACUUUUUACCUCACUCAUUCAAACGUGGUCAUAGUCGCCCAUGGUAGUAAGAAUUGGGUGAAAAAUUGCACUCGGGAUCACGGCCGCAUGAAGAACAUUGUUUUUAUAACAGCAGGGCUGUUAAUCGACCAGCCGUGGCCAAUUCCUUGCUAGAGAAACAUGCCCAACUGUCAGUACUAGAGAAACAUGCAUUCUUUUUCUAUUCUUUAAUAAACAGCAAUCCGCCACAGUUGAAAUUGAGAAUUUUCCUAUUUCGGGGCCACAUACCGGACUUCGCAUAAUGUUUAAAGAUGCGAUAUUUUUGACAUUCAGGCAAGAAGUAUGAAAUUUGGUGCCGAUAAGUUUUACAAGCCCUAUUCAAUGUGUUCAAUGUGUGUUAGUUAAGGAAAUGGAAAAUGGUACGCUGAGAGGCAGUAUACAUUUUUCAGAAACGCUAAAGGAGAGCCUUUUCUCUUUAGUGUCUGUUUAAUUUCGCCCUUGACUUUUGUCGUUAGUAACAAUAUAUUCUUACCAGGUGAACGGAACUUGUGUUUUAGCGAAAUCCCAGCACGACGUCAACUCACUCACAAAUGUUCAACAUACCAUAAUGUUUGUUCAAAUGUGUUUAAACAUUAAUUCUUAUUUUAAUGCAUGCAGUUUUCAUUCCAGAUUAUUGUUCUAUGUUUAUUUACUUCUUAGCUCUCAGUUUAGAAAAUCUCGCUCUCGAAAAGGCACAUGAAACGUUUGAUAUAUUGAAAACUACAUGCUGUGUUACAAAAAUAAUUUCAUAUUUGAUAUCAGCACCCAAGUGUACAUAGACUCGGCAAGCUUCAUCAAAAUCUUGAAUAAUCUUGAAGAUUUGAAGAGCACUGUUAAAUUAACUGAUAUUUUUAUUACAGUGAAGCAUUACAUGUUUGUACCAAAGAUAUUCUGCACAUCACAAUGGGAAUGCAACCUUGUGUGCGUUGUAUGAUAAAAUGUUCUGUCGCACCGAACAGGAUUAGUCAAGACCUUGUCUGACAGUCAAACGUGAGAACAGCGACCAGAAAAGGCAGUGGCGACAAUCAUUUUGUCCUCUUCUAAGUAAAGAAGGGGCACAGAACGUAUGAUGCCGUUCCAUUUAAUAGAAUAGGUUUAGAACUAUCUUCGGAGGACUCGGAUUCUAUCAAAACGUCAGCACUGGGGUGGGAGCAUCAAAUUAACCUUGUUCGUGUCUCGCUAAUAGACCAAUCACGCACCGAUAGUUUACAAAAAGAGUAACCAGUGUGCCUCACUGAACGUUUCAAGAGAUUGCGACACCACCUUGCGCCCAAUUGGGACAUUAACGGUAAUCAAUUAUUAAAGUUGUCAUGCUCUUAGGUUUCAAGCAUUAAAAAAUCAAUGCCCCCAAAUACUGAUAUUCAGGUAUAAUAAUUCUACGUUACUUCAUACACUGAAAACUUAUGCCCUGAGCACGCGAUCAAAACAUGAUUCCUACUCCCGGGGUGCUUUCCUUUCGCCUAUUCGAUGUUUGCUCCUUCUCACACUUCUGCGGUGUUGUAUUUCACUUUGUCGUAGAAUGCCUACAGGAUUGCACUCUAUUUAUAAAUUAUGCUGUCCCAAGUAGCAACUAUGAAACGCCUGGUGCAAAAGAACAAGACCUCGUGUCAUAAUUUCAAGAACCUUCGAUGUGGCAUGCUAGAUAAAGAGAUCAGUGACGAUUCUCACAUCGAUGCAGCAAUUCCGCUGCUGUGAUCUAGUUAAACUGAACUGCAAUUUGCGAAUGCAUUUUUUUUAAUGACUUGACAUUGCAGAGACCGGCAGAUGCUUUAUCUGCAAAAGCCUUCCUCGACACUUAUAACAUUCAAAGCAAUUAUUGUCUUAAAUAUAAGGUUUGUAAUGGCUGUGUUUCUCAAGUGAACAUUGGUUACUUUCUUUUCCUGAAGUUCAAGCGUUUCCACAAUGCUCUUUGAAGAAUUAUCAAGGCCAAGUGUUUAUAACAACCAAUGAACUGCGUCUAAGUUUUGCGAAUGUUUAGCGAUAAACACAAUCUGUUGUUUUACUCAGGGUUUCGGUGCCUCAAGGACUCGAGAAUGGCAUUGAAAAGCUUCCUUUCAGGAUUUGUAAAGAUCUCUUGGUGCAAAAUGUGAUUUGCAAAUGUUCAAGGGCAUGGCAGUCUUUUGUCACAAUAUGUUGCUGGACUCCUAUUGAUCAUAACGCAGCGAAAUCCCUUUCUGCAACACAUGGCAGGUACACUCAAAUCUCUUUAUGAGAAAGUAGCAUCUUACACAAAAAUAAUUUUGUUAUAUCCAAAAAUUCGUUGUAAAGGUUUAUUCCCCACACUAUAUCUAUUGCAAAACUAUUUUUCGUUUACUUUCUUAAAAACGAUAUUUCGUUAUAUCCAGGUUCGUUAUAUCAAUGUUUGCAAGUAGUUUACAACAGUCUGUUUAUUGCCAACCAGUCUCAAUUUCGGUUAGGGAGAGCUUUAAGAACAGAGCUUUAAGCCACUGUAUGCAAGUAAUGCCACCUAUCUAGCAUGUGCCCCGCUGCGGUGGUCUAAUGGCUGAGGUACUCGACUGGUGACCCGCAGGUUGCGGGAUCG